GAUCGUUGCUCCCUGUCAUAUACUCUUCCCGUCGCAUCAACGGAUAAACCGGCCGGCGACGGCAAGGCCGUUGCGGCCCCCCGCGCUCUGUCACCCACACCGUCAUCGCCGCCAUAUCUAUGAGAAAGUUCCCCUUCCCGACUCCUCCCGGCCGAUCUCUUCAUUUUUUCCCCAAUGCGUCAUCUCCUGGACCUUCCCCUCAGAUCUCGCCGUCCCCGGUGCCGGCGUACGAAGGUGCAGUAACCGCCCGUCCGAUUUACUUUUUCCCCUUCCUGCACAUCGUCAAGGGUGGCUUCGAUUUUGCCGCCGUCUCCUUGAUCGGCUGUGUUCUGUUCUUGUCUUUCCUCUCCUUGUUCUUCAUCAUCCAUCUCCGGCUCAAAUCACGGCGGCUCCCCCACCUGCAGAACUUCAGCUCUCUCUGGACCGUCCGAUUGCUUCUCGUCUUCUUCGCCAUUUCAUGGGCCUUCAACGAAGUCUUCCGCCAAUUAUUCAUAUUCCCCAUUUUGACCCCGCUAACCCUAGCCCAACAAACCAGUCUCUGCAAGGCCCAUGUGGUUCUCUCGCUGGGCCUGUUCGAACCGGGUUUCUUAGUAACCCUAUUGUUCCUGGUCAAUUUCUCUAUCAAGAACAAAAACCCGACCCGAAUGUGGGCAUUGGUUGCGGUAUCCGCGGUUUGUGCGCCGAUUCUGUUGCUCCAGACGAUCGUCGUCUUCUUCUCGCCGGCGUGGCUGCCGAAAUUCUUCGUGCGGGGGAGCUCCGUCGUCUCGACGGACGCGAUCGGGAACAAGGUCGUCCUCUGCACCUACCCGACGUUCAGUUUCAUCAUCUUCUCCGCCUUCGCCACCGCCUACUCCCUCACAUUCCUGCUCUCGUGCUGGAAAGUGUUGGCGUUCGUGAUCAACAAGACGAUCGGCGGGCGGAUCAACAUGCUCGCCGUGUCGGUGAUGGUAGCGCUGCCUAUGCAAGUGCUCUGUCUCAGCGUGAUGCCGGUGUCUCUGCCAGGUUACCUGCUUCACGACUGCGCCGUCUUCGCCAUGUUGGCGGCUGUCUCGUGGUGCGUGGCGGUGGGGGAGGUCAUUUUGGUAAUCAAGCCGAUCGCCGAUGCGCUGUCCGCCGGCGGAGAUUAUUGCAGGCACACAAGUCCCGAUUCGAGUGUUGACGAUCGGCGCCGUCAUUUUCUUUUUAUAUUUUUUCCCAUUCCUUUCCAUUUUGGUCUUCUCUUCCAUGCUCAAGCCAAUCACCAAUUCACCACCACACAACCAGUUCAAACAUUAAAGUCACAGCUUAUGGCUCUUUCCAUUCCAUUAUCAACAAAACCAAAUCUUCAUUUCAGUUGCUCCUCUGCUGCCGAUUCUUCAUCUUUCAAAUCUCCCAAAUUUCCCCGUUUUUGGCCAUGGCAAAAGGUAAAGGUGGGACCUUUAAGCGUAUCUCCAAUGGGGUUUGGGACAUGGGCUUGGGGAAACAAGAUUCUUUGGGGGUACGAGGAAUCCAUGGACUCUCAGCUUCAGCAGUCUUUCGACUUCGCUGUCCUGAAUGGGAUCAACCUCUUUGACACUGCUGAUUCUUAUGGCACCGGGAGGUUGAAUGGCCAAAGUGAAAAGCUUCUUGGCAAGUUCAUCCGUGAAUUUCGAGGAAGAACAAAAGGGCAAGAUGACAUUGUGAUUGCUACAAAGUUUGCAGCAUAUCCAUGGCGCCUCACGCCCGGCCAGUUUGUAAAUGCUUGCAACCGGAGUUCUUUUGAAAAGAGACUCUUCUACUUACGAGUAGGGGUAAGAAUGUCUUCUUUAGAGAGGAUGCAGAUUGAGCAAAUAGGAAUAGGGCAGUUGCACUGGUCUACUGCAAACUAUGCACCCCUCCAAGAAAGGGCACUUUGGGAUGGUUUAGUGGCAAUGUAUGAGAAGGGGUUAGUUCGUGCCGUUGGGGUAAGCAAUUAUGGACCAAAGCAACUACUGAAAGUGCACAAUUACCUUGAAGCCCGUGGAGUUCCUGUAUCGUCUGCUCAGGUGCAAUUCUCAUUGCUGAGCAUGGGAAGUGAUCAAAUGGAGAUAAGGAACAUAUGUGAUUCUUUGGGCAUAAGCUUGAUCGCUUACAGUCCUCUUGGCCUUGGGAUGCUUACUGGGAAGUAUAGCCCUACCAAUCUUCCAAAAGGGCCAAGGGGCUUUUUGUUCAGUCAAGUUCUACCCGGACUGCAACCUUUGAUGAACUCCUUAAGAGACAUAUCCCAAAAACGGCGCAAAACCAUACCUCAGGUAGCCAUAAACUGGUGCAUCUGCAAAGGCGCAAUUCCCAUACCGGGAGUUAAGUCACUGAAACAAGCUGAUGAAAAUGUAGGUGCCCUUGGUUGGCAACUCUCUGAUAAUGAACUGCUAGAAUUAGAAUACGGAGCUCUUCAGUCUCCUCGAAAGAUGAUUCAGAACAUCUUUCAAACCUCAUAAUCUUUGCUUGUUUUUUUAUGUACUAAAUGUCAAAACAAUGUUCAGAUAGCUUCAUUAUAUUCAUGCAUUGAAGCUUUUGAAGUCUUCUUUAUAUACGUAACUUUAAAGCCAUGAACGUAAGAGUCGUGUACCACCACGUAUGACAAUUGCUGUGAAUUCAAUCAUCAUCUUUCGACACCAAUAAUUACAACCGCAAUAU